AACCUCUUAGCCUUUCCCUUUAUAAGUCAAUCUUGUGUCGGCUUCGACUCUCAACAUAUACACACUAAGUAGAAACAAGAACUUGCAAAGAAAAAAAUGGCGACUCUUAAGGUUUCUGAUUCUGUUCCUGCUCCUUCUGAGGAUGCUGAGCAACUGAGAACCGCUUUUGAAGGAUGGGGUACGAACGAGGACUUGAUCAUAUCAAUCUUGGCUCACAGAAGUGCUGAACAGAGGAAGGUGAUCAGGCAAGCAUACCAUGAAACCUACGGCGAAGACCUUCUCAAGACUCUUGACAAGGAACUCUCUAACGACUUCGAGAGAGCUAUCUUGUUGUGGACUCUUGAACCCGGUGAGCGUGAUGCUUUAUUGGCUAAUGAAGCUACAAAAAGAUGGACUUCAAGUAACCAAGUGCUUAUGGAAGUAGCCUGCACAAGAACCUCAACGCAGCUUCUUCACGCUAGGCAAGCUUACCAUGCUCGCUACAAGAAGUCUCUUGAAGAGGAUGUCGCUCACCACACUACCGGUGACUUCAGAAAGCUUUUGGUUUCUCUUGUUACCUCAUACAGGUACGAAGGAGAUGAAGUGAACAUGACAUUGGCUAAGCAAGAGGCUAAGCUGGUCCAUGAAAAAAUCAAGGACAAGCAGUACAACGAUGAGGAUGUUAUUAGGAUUUUGUCCACAAGGAGCAAAGCUCAGAUCAAUGCUACUUUUAACCGUUACCAAGAUGAUCAUGGCGAGGAAAUUCUCAAGAGUCUUGAGGAAGGAGAUGAUGAUGACAAGUUCCUUGCACUGUUGAGGUCAACGAUUCAGUGCUUGACAAGACCAGAGCUUUACUUUGUUGAUGUUCUUCGUUCAGCAAUCAACAAAACUGGAACCGAUGAAGGAGCUCUCACUAGAAUUGUGACCACAAGAGCUGAGAUUGACUUGAAGGUCAUUGGAGAGGAGUACCAGCGCAGGAACAGCAUUCCUUUGGAGAAAGCCAUUACCAAAGACACUCGUGGAGAUUACGAGAAGAUGCUUGUCGCACUUCUCGGUGAAGAUGAUGCUUAAUCAAUCAAUCCUCCACAGAGAA